UGCAAGCCCAAGGUACAAUUUUGAUCGAAUCGAAUUGGUUUGGACCGCUCCAAAGACGCUAACUGAAAACCAGAGAUUUGCUAAACACCGAAUAGACCUUGACAUGGAGGCCAAGACCGACGCUCCCAUCUCCCCGGCGCCCACACCGAAUCCGCCGGCAGAUUCAGCCAAGGAGCAGAAUUGCACCAACAGCGCACAGAACAACUCGACCGUCGCACCGGGAGCAGCUGCGUCCGGAGCCACCACCGUUGGCCAGUCCACGAAUCCAGUGGCCCAGCAGCAGACGGCGUCCAAGAAGCCGAGUGGCGAGACCAGCUCCAUGCCCACGCGUCAGUACCUCGACCAGACGGUGGCGCCGGUUCUGCUCCAUGGACUGCAGGCCCUUGCCCGCGAACGGCCCACGGACCCCAUCCAGUUCCUGGCCUCGUACCUGCUGAAGCACAGCAACGGGUGCGACGAGAACAACGUCGCUGCGGUGGACAACAACUCUUAAGCCCCUUAAGUCCAAACUCCCCCCUUUUUCCGCUCGUUAGUUGUGUAAGUAAACAGUGCAUAAAUAAUAAACGUUUAAAGUUAGAAUGUA